GGAAAGAGGCUGCUCAAAAAGUAAACUGGAUCAAGGACAAACUCCUGCAUAUCUAUUACCAGAACAGCAUUGAUGACAAAUUAUUGGUGGAAAAAAUCUUCGCUCAGUACCUUGUUCCACAUAAUCUGGAGACAGAGGAAAGAAUGAAGUGUCUGUAUUACCUUUAUGCUUCCUUGGACCCAAAUGCAGUAAAAGCAUUGAAUGAAAUGUGGAAGUGCCAGAACAUGUUACGGAGUCAUGUCCGCGAGUUAUUAGACCUGCACAAACAGCCUGCUUCAGAAGCAAACAAUACUGCAAUGUUUGCCAAGCUAAUGGCUAUAGCAAAAAAUUUACCUGAUCCAGGAAAAGCACAAGAUUUCAUGAAGAAGUUCAACCAGGUCCUGGGUGAUGAUGAAAGGCUGCGGGCUCAGUUAGAGCUGCUGAUUAGCCCAGCAUGUUCAUGUAAACAAGCAGAAGUCUGUGUGAGAGAAAUUACACGUAAACUAGCAAAUCCAAAGCAGCCCACGAAUCCCUUCCUGGAAAUGGUGAAAUUCCUACUGGAGAGGAUUGCACCAGUACACAUUGAUUCAGAAGCCAUAAGCUCUUUAGUGAAACUAAUGAACAAAUCCAUAGAAGGGACUGCAGAUGAUGAAGAGGAAGGUGUGACCCCCGAUUCUGCAAUCAGAGCAGGCUUGGAGCUGCUUAAGGUUUUAUCAUUCACACAUCCCACCUCCUUUCACUCUUCAGAGACCUAUGAAUCACUGUUACAGUGUCUAAAGAUGGAGGAUGAUAAAGUAGCCGAAGCUGCCAUUCAAAUCUUCAGAAAUACUGGGCACAAAAUAGAGACUGACCUUCUACAAAUUCGUUC